CCAAAAAAUUGCACCCAAAGCUCUCAGAAAAGAUCGAACGCUUUGAGCGAAAUAGGAGAGAGAGAGCUAAUACACUUUCAGAGUGCGAAAGAGGAGAGAGAAAGUGAGAGAAAACCAGACCAAAGACAGUGAUAGAGAGCUUCGAAACCAUUCCCCCCUUCUCAAAACCUCUUCUUUCUCUCUCUAAAACAUCACUCUCGCUCGAUCGGACCCUUCCAUUCCUCACACAACAUUCAACCUCUCCACGGUUAUACAUAUCUGUAUAUAGCUAUAUAUUUAUAUCGUAUAUAUUGACGUAUAUAUCAUUUUGUAUAUACAAAUAUAGUCUGUGCAAUGGAGCGUUAUGGUCAGACACCAGUAAUGGAGGGGUCGCAGUCCGAUCCAUUGGCCGAAUGGAGCUCCCCAGGAGCCGAAACAGGGCUCGAAGAGCCUAUGUGGCAGUUGGGAUUGGGCGGUGGAGGGGAAUCGUACCCAGAGCGGCCCGGCGAGGCCAAUUGUAUCUACUUUUUGAGGACGGGGUUCUGUGGAUUCGGUGCACGGUGUCGGUUCAAUCAUCCCCGGGACCGGAGUGUGGCUGUGGGAGCUAUGAGAGCUGCUGGCGGGGAGUACCCAGAGCGAGUGGGCCAACCUGUGUGCAAGUAUUAUAUGCGGACGGGUAUGUGUAAAUUUGGCGCUUCUUGCAAGUACCACCAUCCAAGUCAGGGAGGUGAAGCUGUGAGCCCAGUGGCACUUAAUAUUUCUGGAUACCCACUAAGACCGGGUGAAAAGGAGUGUUUAUACUAUGUGAGAACUGGACAGUGCAAAUUUGGUGUAAGCUGUAAAUUCCAUCAUCCGCAACUAGCUGGCAUACAAGUGCCGGCACCAGCACCUGGACCUUUGCCUCCAGCCGCAUCUUUGCUUGCACCAGCAAUCUAUCCCACGGUACAGUCUCCUGUUCCAUCAUCUCAACAAUAUAGGGUUGUGACUGGUAACUGGCCAGUUGCGAGGCCUACUUUGCUUCCAGGUUCAUAUCUCCAUGGGGCUUAUGCUCCCAUGCUGCUUCCCUCAGGAAUGUUUCCCGUUCCGGGUUGGAGUCCUUAUCCGGCACCAGGAAGUGCCGUAGCCUCUUCUGGUACUCAACCCAAUGCAGGAGGGGGCCCUAUUUAUGGGAUUACACAAUUAUCUCCUUCAGCACCUGCCUAUGCAGGACCUAAUACUUCCACUGGUCCAUCAGGCGGUAGCCAGAAAGAACACACAUUUCCAGAAAGACCUGGCCAACCUGAAUGUCAGUACUACAUGAAAAAGGGGGAUUGCAAAUUCGGAUCUUCAUGUAGAUAUCAUCAUCCACCAGAAUCGAGCAUGCCAAAAACAAAUUUUGGCUUUAACUCCAUGGGUCUUCCUUUACGACCAGGUGCGCCGCUUUGCUCUCAUUAUGCACAAAAUGGAGUAUGCAAAUUUGGGACUUCAUGCAAGUUUGAUCACCCAACGGGAACACUGAGUUACAGUCCAUCCGCGUCUUCUCUUGCAGAUAUGCCUGUUGCUCCCUACCCUGUGGGAUCUUCAAUUGGUACUCUUGCCCCAUCAUCCUCAUCAUCAGACUUGAGGCCCGAACUUGUUUCUGGAUCCAACAAGGACACUGUUCCAACCAGAAUGUCUUCAUCGGUGACCAUGUCUAGUGGUCCAGUUGGUUCAAUUUUCUCAAAGAGUGGGCCCGUUCCUCAUUCUAGUGACCAGCAGUCUGGUAAGAGUUCUACCCCUUCAACUGUUAGCAGUAGCACUGGUCAAGGUGGUGAGGUUUCUACGUCACGCUGAGCAAAAGAUCCAGUCAAAUCCUUGUAGUCCCUAUUGAUCGAAUUGUCAUGAACCAUACAGCAUAUUUUUGUUCAAGUCCUCUGAUAGCAGUCUUGUUUUCUUAGUCAUCAUGGUUAGGGGUUUUAGAUCUAGCAAACCAUAGUUCUCUUCAAAUGUGUUCAUAUAAUAUUUUGUAUGGCUGCUGCCUUCAUCUUGAAUAAUCCAUAGCCAAAAGAUCCAGCAAAGCUCAUAGCCGUCCUGAUAGCUCCUGAAUAAUGACAAAUAGCCUUCUUCCAUUAAAUUCACAUACAUCUCUCCGAUUUUUGGUGGGUGUUGUAUUUAUUUAUUUUGUAACCUUUUCCUGGGACAAUGAAAAAGUUCGGCUCCACAACAUUUGUCAUUUUGGCAUUGACUGUGUGUUCAUCUCGAUCUAGUGUAGUCCCCUUCAAAUCUGGGAACAAGCUCCUACUUCAACUUGCAAGUGAAUUUGGAGGUGUGCUUGUUCCGCUCUUUUUGUCCAAGGUUUUAUUGUGGAGAAGAAAAGGUUAUUUAGAGACUCAUCGAGCAUAUAAAAAUACUGCCUUAUAUGACAUAUCAUACAUAAUUAUGUCACAAGAACUGAAUUGCUUGAGAGGUUCUUGAUCGAACAAUUACCAAAAUACAAAGAGAAAUGAAGGAAAACAUUUGACUUUGUAAAAGUUAUUCCUCUUCUAUAUGUUGUCUGUAUUGCUUCAUAUGAGAUUUCCAUUUAUAUACACCAAAAUGCCGAAGACACUCGGGCAAUCCUUGGUGAAAGGAAGUGUUUUUUCGUUUUUGAUUUGUUUUUGCAAUGACGAACCUCGUUAUGUAUAAGAGAGAUGUUUCACGUGUAGAAAUGACAAUUUUUGGCCAUAAGAGGCACUUCCUUACA